AUGGGUGACGACCAUUACAUAACAUCAGAAGAUUCUGAUCACCCGGCAAACCUCAUCCCUUCCCUAUGCGCCAAGUUUUGGACCUUGGGUUGGGUUACGGGAACGGGAGGAGGAUGUUCUAUUCGCAACGAUGAUCUAGUAUAUAUCGCACCUUCAGGCGUUCAGAAGGAGCUUAUGAAGAACACUGAUAUCUACGUGCUCGCGCUAUCCAAGCAGACGGACCUCAAGAACCGCGUCUACCUGCGGGCUCCGCCGUGCGGUCGGCCCUCGCAAUGCACACCGCUGUUCCUCGCAGCCUUCACCAAGCGGGGAGCCGGCUGCUGUAUCCACACCCAUUCCCACUGGGCCGUGCUCGUCACCCUGCUCCUUGAGGCUCGGGGCCCCGGCAAGGAUAAGCUGUUCGAGAUCAACAACAUCGAGCAGAUCAAGGGCUUCGGCAAGGGCUUCCAGAAACAGGGUAACCUAGGCUACCACGACACCCUACGCAUCCCCGUCAUCGAGAACACGGCCCACGAGGAAGAUCUCACUGAGUUCUUGGAAGAGGCUAUGGAUCAACACCCGGACACCUAUGCGGUCCUGGUACGGAGACAUGGCGUCUACGUCUGGGGCGAUAAUGUCCACAAGGCGAAGACCAUGUGUGAAAGUCUCGAUUAUCUCUUCCAGCUGGCGGUGGAAAUGAAGCAACUAGGCAUCCCAUGGCUAAGCGAUGUUCCCGUAACAGUGCCAACUUCGAAACGGUAA